AAAGCAUACCUCUACAAGAAUUUGGUAUAUAUCAAAAUUUAGUCGGGUAUAAAUAGCGCCGACUGCUCAUCGUCUAUCAUAUCACAUCUUUCGGAGUCUGUAGUACCAGCCUUAUCGAGACUUAAGAAUGAAGUUUCUCCUGUUUCCACUCUUUUUGGCCUCUGCCGCAAUGGCCGCCAAUAUGGGUAUGAAUAUCCACGGUGGAGCCUACAAUUUCGGAUACGCCACCGGAGAUGCAGGCGGACACAGCCGAGUGGAAUCCGGUUCCGCUGGAAACGUGGCCGGAAGUUACAGUUAUGUUGAUCCUAACGGAGAUCUUCGCACCGUUCAAUACACUGCUGGACCAGGAGGCUAUCAAGCAAGUGGAGACAUCUCUGUCGAUAGAAAGACCGCCGCAGCUGCUGCAGCUCUCGCGGCUAUGGCACCCAAAGCUCCUCCAGCCGCUGCCCCUGUAGCUCCUGCUGCUCCCUGGUAUGGCCCUGCACACUAUGGAGGCGCAAAUGUCAUUAUGACUGGUGGGCCAGGAAUGGCUCAGUAUAUGGCUAAAUGGUAAAAACGAUACUAUUAAAUACGGCGUAAAAUAACGAUGCUGACUUUUUCACUUUGGAGGCUGUUACUAUCGAGACUCCAGAUUUGUGUAUUUCGUCCGUUUGGAACUUUGGUCAUCCAGCUACUUCCCUAGUGUCAUAAGAACGAGCAGAGAUUUAACACGAUGUAAAUAUCGAAAAUAAAUAGCGUACUUUUAAGAACAGUCA